AGAGAUGACGGAUGCCAAGCAGAAAUGGCUGAUCCGAGUCCGGGAGAGCUCAGAGGUCCUUGUGAUCAGGAGGAGAUACAGAUCGGCCAAAGGUUUGCAGAGCACAUUCCCACAGAACAAGGAAAUCUACAGCCCAUAAACAAGCAGAGGACGUUCAAUGUUGUGGCCAGAGAGAUCCUGACUCAGUUUCAGGUGUGGCAGAGGGCCUGUUAUAGCAGGAACAUCGAGUGGGGUCCCAUUACAGCGAAGAUCAUUUCUGCGUUGCCGCAGUUUUAUGGACGGGAGGCUGAGGUGAUCAUUCGAUGCACUAAGAUGCUACACAACCGCAGGGAUUACCUUCGAAGGAGAGUAAAGACGCAUAUUACUGUCCUUAAAAGUGGAGAAACCCCCUGUAUCUCUAAGUGCACUCAGUGUUGUGACAAGUAUCACUGCCCUUAUUGUGAGACCUGGGUCUACAAGCCAAGAGAGUCAGGGAGCGUUGUGAACCACGUCCAGAAUCAUCUGAAGUUGGCUGUCCAUGAGGAGGAUUUCACUAUUGUCAAGUGUAACUUAAAAUGCAGAGAAUAUGCACAUUUUCAUUGCUGCUACUGUCCUGCUACUGUUCUUCGAAGAGGCCAGUUAAAAACACAUCUCACUAAAUGCAAGCAGAAGUUCAAUGCUGAAGAGGAACUUGAAGGAACCUGCUCAUUUGAGGAAAGUCCUGAACAUCAGUAGUGCAUUUCAUUUUCUGUUACUGUUGAUUCACUAGUUCAUAUAUUUAGUUCCCUGUUAGCUGCAGAUAACACUCAGAACUGUAGUUUUUGGUGGAUUAUGAAACUGUGUUGUGGAAAUAAACAGUUACUGAGAAUGUA